UGCCUUGAUCUUUGUGGCUCUUACAACCAAUGACUACCUCAGACAGUCAAAAUUCAUGUCAUUACCAGAGUUCGUUGCGAAUUGUGCGGCAAAUUGCAAAUAGUUCUACCUCAGACUGACAGAAACUAUAGAAGAUCGACUUAGAGUAAAACAAUGGCCCGUACAAAACAGACCGCCCGUAAAUCCACUGGAGGUAAGGCUCCAAGAAAACAGCUGGCUACCAAAGCUGCCAGAAAAAGUGCCCCAUCAACCGGUGGUGUAAAGAAACCUCACAGAUACAGACCAGGUACUGUUGCUCUGAGAGAAAUCCGAAGAUACCAAAAAUCAACUGAGUUACUGAUCAGAAAAUUACCCUUCCAACGUUUAGUUAGAGAAAUUGCUCAGGAUUUUAAGACAGACUUGCGUUUUCAGAGUGCAGCUAUUGGUGCUUUACAGGAAGCCAGUGAAGCUUACCUAGUUGGACUUUUUGAAGAUACCAACUUGUGUGCUAUCCACGCCAAGAGAGUUACUAUUAUGCCCAAGGAUAUUCAGUUGGCCAGACGUAUUCGAGGAGAACGUGCAUAAAAAUGACUAUUUCAUAUUUCAUUUAACAUCAAAAAACAUCGUUUUUGAAUGUGAUUUUACAAAUUUCAUAAUAGAUGGUGUGAACAUUUUUUUUAUUUCAUCACAGAACAUGUAGAGUUUGUGAUAUGUCCGUGAACUGAACAAGCCUAAGUUAUUUCCUUCAAUUCUUAUCUCUCAAUUCAAGCUCUUUUAACAGAUUAGAACAUGUCAUAUUUUUAUUUGUACCAUCUAUCAGUAAUAAAUAUUUAGGUAUUAUGUUAUUGUCCUUGUGUAAUCAUUUUAGCUCAUCUGUAAAUAUAUCAUCUCAUUUGUCAAAUACAUAUAAUAUUCAAAUUAGCAUUUGUAUUGUUGUUGACUUGAUCUCCUAUGCCUGUAGUUGUGAACAUUUGAAACAACAUAAAAUUCUGUUUUCUCCCAUCAUCAACUUUAGCACAUUUACUAUUGGCAGCCAUCAUCCAUACAUUUAUUUUGGUAGAUAAUCCUUGAAGAAUUUUUUUAAUAAAUUUGUAUGUGGAGUUUAUACUUUUUGGAAAGAUCACAUAUCAGUGAAUAUUGAUUUGGCUUAGAAUUAAUAAAAUGAAUGCUAACCCA